CUUUCCUCUCUUCUCUCUCUUCUCUCUAGGUUUUCGUCCCGAAAUCGAAAUGGCGGCCUCGUCGUCGGAAGCUGCUCCGACGAUGGGCAAGGGUCCGGGGGUCAGCACUUGGGCUCAGCUUUUUGAUGUCCCGCAGGAGAACAGGAUGCAGUUCCGAUCUCCGGAGCGGGUCAACGAUGGUUUCCGACUUCCGCGUGAAGUGAAGAAGAAGGGUGAGGAACGUUGGCGCGAUUGCCUCAUCGGUCAAUUUGUGGGUGCUCAGCCGAAUGUUGCUCAGCUUCAAUCCUGGGCUACUGCAAUUUGGGGAAGAGAUGGAGCUGUGCGAGUCUCUCGUUUCGGUGCUCGGAUGUUUGUGUUCCAAUUUCCUUCUUCCUCCACAAGCAAGUGGGUGUUUCGUACAGGGCCAUGGCACUUUCAAGGGAACCAGCUUUACCUCAGGAAAUGGUCACCAGGUAUUCAACCAGUAAAUCUCUUGGUUGAAACUCUUCCUAUCUGGGUGUCAAUCUGGGGAAUUCCGCUGGAAUACCAUUCCACAGAAGGUUUAGAGUGGAUUGCGAGUACUGUUGGUCCUCCUCUCUGGAUGGACAAAACAACUAGGGUUGGAGGGAAACUGGGUUUCGCGAAGGUGUGUGUUGAUCUAUCGGCAGACUGUGGUUUCCCGGCGAAGGUGCGUCUCUACCCGGAUGAUGAUCCAUUCUUUGAGGUGACUGUUGAAUACCUGAACUUGCCUAGGGUGUGUUCACAGUGUCAAGUAUAUGGGCAUGAUUGCAAGAGUUUGGCUGAUAGCAAUAAGAAAUGGGUAGUUAAAGGGACUGUUCAGCAGGGAGAGGUUAAGGGACCAAAUGCUGAGAUGAGGAAGGUGGAGAGUGUGCAGAGUGCUGAAGGGAAUAGUACUGUGGCUCAGGUUGAGGAGGUUUUGCAAGAGGGGGUGACUAGUAAGGCAGAUGCUACUAAGUCUAAAGGGAAGGAGGUGGAAUUUCAGGAUCCAAAUGGGUGUGUUGGUCCUACUCCUCUUAUCAAUGGGGGUACUGCUGUCAGCUUUGUUGAGGUUGUAUCAGGAUCACCAGCCCUGUCUGGGAGUUCUGAUCAACCAAUUCAUUCAUCUGUUGGGGCUGCUUCACCAAAUGAUGGGAGGGCAUCUCCUCAGAUGGCUGUAGCAGAGAAGGAGCCUAACCCGUGAAUUACAGUGGGAAGUUCUAAAAGGAAGCCUAUUACACCAAGAGUUGAACCGGUUGGCCCUCGAAAAGGGGGAAGGGCUGGGAAGAAGAGAUGAAAGUAAUUACUUGGAAUAUCCAGGGGUUCAAUGACCCGGAUAAGAAUAAAGCUGUUAGGAAGCUACUAAAUAUACAUAGUAUAGAUAUACUGGUUUUACUAGAACCUAGGGUUAGGGAAAAUAAAGCAGAACAGUUGAUUAAUAUGAGGUUUCCUGGUUGGGAUUCAAGAGUGGCAAAUAAUUCAAGUGGUCUUGG